AUGCGUUUGGACAACAUGUUGCUUGCGGAAGGUGUGGCAGGCCCAGAGAAGGGUGGAGGAUCAGCAGCAGCAGCCGCGGCCGCCGCAGCCUCUGGUGGUGUCUCGCCAGAUAACUCCAUAGAACACUCAGACUACAGGAACAAGCUGUCCCAAAUCCGACAGAUUUAUCAUGCCGAGCUAGAGAAGUAUGAGCAGGCAUGCAACGAAUUCACCACACAUGUCAUGAACUUGCUGAGGGAACAGAGCCGAACCCGACCCAUCUCCCCAAAGGAGAUCGAAAGGAUGGUGGGGAUCAUUCACCGAAAGUUCAGCUCGAUCCAAAUGCAGCUUAAGCAAAGCACGUGUGAAGCAGUCAUGAUCCUUCGGUCAAGGUUUUUGGAUGCACGGCGGAAGCGAAGAAACUUCAGUAAACAGGCGACAGAAGUGUUGAAUGAAUACUUCUACUCACACCUAAGUAACCCUUACCCCAGCGAAGAGGCUAAAGAGGAGCUUGCAAAGAAAUGCGGCAUCACUGUGUCACAGGUAUCCAAUUGGUUUGGGAAUAAAAGAAUUAGGUACAAGAAAAACAUUGGAAAAUUCCAAGAGGAAGCAAAUAUUUAUGCAGUGAAGACAGCAGUCAGCGCAGCCCAGGGAGGUCACAGUGGAGCCAACUCUCCAACCACCCCAACCUCUGCAGGUUCUGGUGGCUCAUUCAACCUGUCUGGAUCUAAUGACAUGUUCAUGGCGAUGCAGGGCUUAAACGGGGAUUCUUAUCCCCCUUCACAGCUCGUAAUCUUUAUUUUCUCAAAGGUGGAGUCCUUGCAUCACACGAUGGGCCCUGGUUACAAUGACAGUUUAUCAGCAAAUCAGAUGUACAGCCCUCGGGAGAUCCGGGCCAACGGAGGGUGGCAAGAGGCUGUGACUCCCUCUUCUGUCACUUCCCCAACAGAAGGACCAGGCAGUGUACAUUCUGACACUUCUAACUGA